AUGAACAGUAGAGCCCUUGGUGACUCUGUACGUAUGGUGUUGACGAAACCUUCUGGAAUGAAACAGAAUACUACUACUAUUACUACCUUCUACUACUACGACUAUAUGGAGUAUCUCAGUUACCUUGGUCAUAGUGAUUUUAAUACGUUAUGGAAAAAUGAAGUCAUCCCACUUGCAAGUUACAUUAACCAGUUCUGCAAAGAAUGUCAAUCACCUUCAACAGAUAGAGUAGAAAAAGCAUGGAAAAUCAAUCAAGAACUUAAUUCAAUUUUAACCAAAAUACUUGGCAGGAUGAAAAGUCAAGAGAUCCCAACAACACAGCACAUUUCGCCGCCAGCCUCACCAAGAUAUCAGAUACCUCAAACUUCAUCACCUAUAUAUAAUACUAUUACUUCUACUACUUCUACUUCUACUACUUCUACUUCUACUUCUACUACUACGCCAUCAUCACCAAAGUACCCUCUACCAACCUCUCCAAAAUAUAUGGCUGAAAAAAGAGUUUUACUUCCAUACCCAACUCCUCCUAGUUCUGAAUUACCUACUCCAUCUCUACCCCUUUCCACCACUGAUCAUACAAAUGCAUUUGGUGGUAGCAGCAGCAGUAUUUGCUCUAGUACUGCUACUUGUAUUGAUUCCUCCUCCUCAUCUAUUAAGAUGAGCAUGUCUUCGUCUUCGUCAUCGAGCUCUACUACUACCAAAAGAAAUCUAAGAGUUUCAUUACCAUCUACACAGUAUGACGAUAUGCAUCAUCAAAAUGUCAGUAGGGCUGUACCACCAGAUAUGCAUGAUCAAUAUUCGGGAGGGCUAGGGUUUAGACCACCCCAAUAUGUUGCUCUAUCUAGUUCCAUGUCCAAUCUCAAUCUUUCACCUAGAAUUACCACCCAACAAAAUGUUCCAAUUACCUCUAGCAUCAACAAUGGCAAGGCUGCAAAGCCUAGAGGUCGACCUAGAAAGAUUAGACCAACGUCGUGUGCAAUUUGCAACUGUACAUCGACGCCCGAGUGGAGAAAAGGAGACAAUGGAGCAAAUCUGUGCAAUGCUUGUGGACUGCAAUACAUGAAGAAAUUACGUACCUAUGGAUCAAAACCAUUCCUCCCGGGUCCACAGGCACCACUUUCUCCUACCUCUUCAUCAUCACCAACUACGGCUUCAGUUCAUAACCUUUUAUCAAACAAUUCGGUAAAAUAUUAUGAAGUUGAAUCUCAAAGUGAUAUUGAUGAAUUAUUAUUUGAUUCUAGUGAAAAUAACAAUAACAACAACAACAAUAAUAACAACUAUUCAUUAAAGAAACAACAACAACAACAAUAA